AUGACCAAGGCGAUGGCCGGCAAGGGCAAGGCAGCGGUGAAGGCGCCGCCCGGAGCAUCAGUCGACAUCGAGGUGCUCCAGAAGCUUCAGACAGCGAUCGGGCAACCGAUCAAGGUGAAUAUGAUCCAAGACGCAUUGAAGGUCAUCGGCCGCCGCAAGUUCGACGGCGAGACGGACGAGAGCGACGAUGAAGAUCGCCCAACGGCCAUGCAAGCGGCCACGGACCGGCAAGCCACGGCCGACCCCGGCGCACAACGCUCAACUUCCCAAUCCGCGACAUCCAACCUCGCGAUCAAGAUCGCCCAGACCGCGGACGAUCUCGUAGCGGCGUUCAAGGAGCGCACGGAGUGGAACCGUCUGCUCAAGAUCUUCAGCGUGAAUGAUCCCGCAGCCAAAGUGGCUGUCCUUCGACGCAAGAUCAACCGCCACUUGCAGCGCGAGUAG